AUGGACGAGCUCGUGGAGGAGGUCCUCCUCCGCCUCCCGCCGGACGAUCCCGCCUCGCUCUUCCGCGCCUCCGCCGUCUGCAAGCCCUGGCGCAUCAUCCUCGCCGGCCCGCGCUUCCGCCGCCGCUACCGCGAGUUCCACGGAACACCUCCCAUCCUGGGACUCUUCCAGCAGGGCGGCCGCUUCGUCCCCGCCUCCGCCCUCGUCCCUGCCCACCCCGGCCUCCCCAGCUGGGUUGCCAUGGACUGCCGCCAUGGCCGCGCCCUCUUCGCCCACCUCGGGAUCACCCUUGAACUCGUCGUCUUGGACCCUGUGACGGGCCACCAGCACAGGGUGACCUCGUCCUAUCACUAUCCGGUCACCGUCGGUGCGGCGGUGCUCUGUGCCGCGCAAGGCUGCGACCACCACGGUUGCCAGGGAGGGCAUUUCCAUCUGGCCUUUGUGUCCACCGACCAGGUCGGAACCAUAUCGGCCUGGCUGUACUCAUCUGAGACUGCCGAGUGGAGUAAGUUCACCUCUCUUCACCACUCAAAUGCUCACCACUCAAAUGCUUUGCUUCAAACAUUUAGUGAGGCUAGUGUCCUUGUGGGCGAGGCGCUCUACUUCAACAUGGGUUACAUUGUGGAGUGCCAACUUGGUACACUCCGCAUAUCAAUGUUCAAGAAGCCGAUCGACGGCAAGGGGUGUCUCAUGACGGCGGAAGACGGCACGCUGGGAUUUGCUGCCGUGGUGGAUGUCGCAAAUCUAACCCUUUGGUCAAUGGAGACCGGACCCGAGGGAGCCACUGGAUGGGCGAAACUCAGGGUAAUUGAUCUUAAGGCGCUGCUCCCUGAUGGAUCCUUCUUGAUCCGAGCACCUGAAGAUGGGAUUUGGAGCAUCACAAAGGUUAUCCCAGCACCUAAAGCUGGGAUUAUUGGCAUUGCGGAGGGUACCCAAGUCAUAUUUGUGAGCACAUAUGCUGGUUCCUACAUGGUCGAUCUCAAGUCUCGACAAGUCAGGAAGGUGUCUCGUCCGGGCAAAAUUAUCUUUCCCUACAUGAGCUUCUACCUCCCAGCAAUGGAAGCAGCUUCUACGGGCCAGGGGCAGUGA